GCCGGACAGUUCAGUCGUCAUAUCCGGUUCACGGUGGAAUACGGAAGACGUUGGAGCAAAAUCCGUUUCGGAUAAUGUUUUGGCUUGGUUUACAAUUAUCUUAGGCAAAUUUGUCACUCAUGUUGCUAAAUUCUAAUAUUUAGCUGCUGCGCUUUCCGAUCGUUAUAGGUGCCUGAAUUUUCGUUUAUCUAGGUAGCCAAAGAAAAUAUAUGCACAUAAUAGACCCGCAUUGGUGUUUAUUAGCUGCUUGCUGUACACCAUGAAUAGUCGUUGGAUGUUACUAGCGUUACUGGUUUAGUCAUUCAUUUGAAGGAAGUAUGUUUCGGGUUUCGGUGAGCUACGUUUUGCUGUGUGGACAGGUGCUCUUACUUCUGACGGUAUUGCUAUUGCAAUGUUUGGAAGGUAUCCAGUCUCAAAAUGCGUCCAUCACGCCUGAAAAUCGGUUGGUGGCGAGUGUUUCGGAUGAGCCGCUUAACGGGACGUUUUCCGUAUCAGUAGUUCAAGGGAACGACUCCCUGGUGUAUAAUCCCCCAUCGCCAGUUGUUCUUUGUAGCUACUUACCAGAUGAGUUCGUAACCUGUCAGGAGCCUGUGGACCACCAGGGCAACUCGACGGCAUUCCAGGGAACGGGGCACGGUUGUGUGAAGUUUGGAGGCCAGGCGUAUAAAGAUGUGAACCACACACGAGUGAUCUGCUACGCUCUGGAUGGUAUCGAGUGCGCUGGAUCUCGAGAGUUUUUGAGAGGAAGCGAGCCUUGCAUUAAGUACACGGGACACUACUUCAUCACCACGCUGUUGUACUCGUUCUUCCUCGGGUGUUUCGGCGUAGACCGCUUCUGCCUCGGCCACACUGGCACAGCUGUGGGCAAACUGCUCACCCUGGGAGGUCUGGGCAUCUGGUGGUUUGUGGAUUUAAUUCUACUUAUUACUGGGGGACUAAUGCCCAGCGAUGGCAGCAACUGGUGCACCUUCUACUGAGAGAGAGACCUUAAGGCGAGUGGUGGAAUGUUGUUUACAGGCACCGUUCACUUAAGUUAAAAUCAGUCAUUUCAUUUUGUUAGAUAUGUAGCAUUGGAGGGUCAAGUGUGUUAAGCUCCAGUGCAUUCUGGAAUGUCCCUGGAGACACGUGGACAGUAAUGUGUCACGUUCCUGGAUUGAUAAGCAGUGGGGUCAGAAGUGAGAAAUGCAUCGAUUGAUGAAAAACGUGAACUGAUGCUCUGAACUGAAUGAGGGCAGAUUCUGAUAUUCUGCUUUGAAUUUACAACCACACAGAGAAGUUUGUCUCUUAGGCGCUCCAACAGAAUGCAGAAGCGCACUCUUGUUUGAUGACUGGCUUUGCAGAGAAGCAGACCAUACAACUGAAAAACGCGUGUCAUGUUUGUGCCAACCACACUGACCAAAGUAAAAGGGCUCACAAGGACGUCUGAACGCUUUGACGUGCACACUGGUUUCGAGAUGGUUUUUGCUAUUCAAAAUGUCUGUGUAUACUUUACCUGUUGGUGAUUCCAUCCUUAUCCCAGUUGUAUGGAGAAAUUUACUUGUACAUUUAAUUUCUUAUUUAUAAUUUUAUCAGUGUGUGUUCCAUAUUUGACAGCAGCGAGUAUCUUUUAAACCACCAAACAAAGAUGAGGAAAGGAAGCUGAUGUCUUUGGAUAUUCUGUAAAUUUAAUGUGCAGUGAAAUGUAGUGUUCACAAUCAGCUUUUUGGGCUGUAAAUGUACUUGGAUAUUUGUUGGUCUGUAUCAUUUAAAAAUUCGAUUUAAUGAUCUAAAAGGUAUCUUAAUAACCUCCUUGGUAGACACUGUACUUAAAUUCUGUCCUUUAAUCACUGGUGACCUGUAAGAGGAUUAAAGGAAUAUUGUUCUAUAUAUACUGUCCCAAAGUCUGCACAACAAAUUUCUCUUUGUAAGAUCUUUGUACAGUAAUCGUGUGCUAUGAAAUGCUCCUGGCAUUAAUUAUAUACAGAUUAUAAACAACGCGGACACCCCGGAUUUGUGUAAAUUAUUUUUUUUGGUAUUCCACAGAAUUGCUUUUUAGAGCAAUAUAUCUCUACCCUGCUGGUUUGAUUUGAAAAUGUAUGCUUUCAUUUUGUCUGAAUCCGUCUGUGUGUGAGGCAGCAUGAUAUGCGAAGCAGUGAUCUCUCUCCCUUUUUUAUAGCGUUGGUUUGAAAUGUGCUGCACUCGUUGGGCUUAUACAUUCACAUGUGACACUGUUGGUGUGAAUAAACAAAUAUAUGUAAAAG